GGAGAAGACAAGAUGGCGGCUUGUUGGUGGCGGCACGUCAAUCCGCAAACAUCUAUAACGAAUUGCCUUUAAAACUCUCGUCUCGCCGGUAUUACCACGUAAAUAAAUCCCGAAUCGAUUGUAGAAACCAAACGGAGGUCCGAUUAUCUCGAGUGCGAGAGAAUUUUUCACGACCAUGGUUGCCGAGAAGUCGACCGUUUACGUUCCGAGUUAACUUAGAAAAAUAACAGAAGAUAAGAGGAAUUUUGACGAUAACUUGCCCAACCAUGGCAUUCUUCGACGAUAGAAAAUACUUACUUUCUCAUAUUCGUCAUUCUUACAUAAUAUCAGAUGACACGGGAAUGUGUGAGAUGGUAAUGAUGAACGAAGUCGUGAAUGACAAGGCCAUCAGGGUCCAGCAGGAUGAGAAUUUAAGUAACAUCUUAGACUACUAUGACAAUGCCAUUGAAUCUGAUUUACUGGAAGUGGGCCAGUCUUACGACAUCGUAUCCGACAUGGCUUUAAUCGGAGCGCACAGAUGUAGAUCAAACACUGCACAGAGACUGGAAAGAUUAAAAAAGGAAAGAAAAAAUCAAGGAAAAAUUAAAAAUAUUCAAUGGAAAGAAAAUACUUCAAAUAUAAGCUCAGAAGAGCUUGUGCAGCUGUUUCCCAGAAAAGAUUUAACGACUCAGAAGAAACCAGAUAAAGUCAGGAGUUCGCUUUCUGAUCAACUUGAAAAAUUUCCGCAAAUUCCAAAUAAUCCUUUUAACGAAUAUGCAAGAUUUGAUGGAAAGAUCAGUGAAGAUGCACAGACCAAAAGGAUUGUUAUAUUUUUGAUGAUGUUACCACCAGAUGUCAGAGCUUAUCCCAUGGAAGUUAUUACAUUGACGAGUGCUAGAGUCCAAGACUUAAUUGGACUGAUCUGUUGGCAAUACACUAAUGAAGGAAGGGAACCAAAAUUAAAGCCGAGCGUAGCGCAUUACUGUUUGAGAAUAGCCGAGGAGAAUGGCGACGUCGAUGAAGACUUUCCCAGUCUGAAUCCAAAGGAGCCAGUUGCCAAAUUUGGCUUUCCCGUUCUAGCACUGGUAGAGAAAGAAAAAGAAGCAGACGGAAGACCUGUGGUUACUGUAAAUAUUGCAGAUGGUUUUUCAAAGAUUCAACUUCCUGAUUUAAAUGUAACAUUAAGAGAAGUUUUAGAACAGACAUUGAGACACAGAAAAGGAAUGGCAAAAUUCAAAGGUCCUGAAUUUCGAUUAGAGAAACAAGAAGAACCAGGAAUCCCUGUAAAUCUUGAUUUAACUGUUGGUGAUGCUGGAACAUUAGAGUUUUGUCUUGUUUGGGAAAAUGAAAGUUCUAAUAAUGGAGAAAUGGAUGAGUGGGAUAGUCAGCAUAUGACUGCAAUGGAAGCUCCUCUAUACCAAUCCUAUACUGUAUUUAUGAUUCAUAAAUUAGGAAGAAAUACUGAAGUACAACUUGGUAUAUCUGGUGAAAAGGUUGAAAUCAAUCCUCUUCCACAGAAAGGUACCGCAAAAUUACUAACUAGACAGCAGAAAGCCGUUACCUAUUACAUGGAAAACAUUGCGGCAUGCGAAAUGAUCAAUAGAAAAUACAGUGUAGGAAAAGCUGUAUUUAAACUUGUGUAUCAUAAUGGACAAGACUUCAAAAAUCAUAUCUUUGAAACAAACAGUAUAACUGCCCUAGAAAUAGUCAAAAAGUUGCAAUAUAUUUUAGAAAUGCAUUACAGUACUGCUCAGAAAGAAUAUAUUGCUCUUAAAGAACAGAAACUGUUCAGGAAACAGCAGUGAAAAUACUUAAGAAUUGACUUGAUGAAUCAUGUAAAUAAUUCAUUAGAAAAUAAAAUAUGUUUAUAUUUUCCUUAAA